GAGCCGCCAGGUGUCUCUGCGUCACACAAACAAAGAUUGUCAACAGGGAAAUCCAGCAAAGUCUUUCCCCUAUCUGCCAUUACAGUCUCAUUGAGUGCCGCGGCUGGCCCUGGAGGAUACUAGACGAUGGACGGUCAUGUGAAUAUUGACCGAGAUGAUAAGCUGGCGAUAGUAGAAGACGCUGGGACCAAGGGAAAGAAGAGGAAGAAUCAAGAGGAGGGAGCUGCUGAGCAUGAUGGCGGUGCUGCAGGGGAGGAGGAGGCAGCACACUCCAACAGUCAGCCACGGGAGGGAGUGGUGCGGCGCCAUCAGAGGACACCAGAGGGCAAUGGCCAGCCUGAACCCACCAGAAGGGAUGGGCCAGCACCUCCUGUGGCCAGACCCAAUCCACAGGACCCCAGAAGACCACAGCAUCCACAAGGGGAGUGGGAGGAGGUGGAGGAGGAAGAAGAGGAGCUGAAGUAUGGAGCACAACAUGUCAUCAAGCUGUUCAUCCCAGUGUCCUUGUGCAUGCUGGUGGUGGUGGCAACAGUCUCCUCAGUCACUUUCUACACCGAGAAGGGCACUUACCUGAUUGGUGAUAAUGUAUUGUGUCACUUGUCUAGUGGAGAUUUGGAUACUGUUAAGGCUACUACAGGUUUUCAUUGGGUGGUAGGAUGUGAUGAAGGUGCCGAGGUUGUAAUGCAGCACAGAAUCUUGUUCCAGAUGGCCAGCCAUAUACGACAGAACCCAGCCAACAUUGACCAGCCUCGUCCUCAUCCCCGCGACCUCACUGCCGAGGAAGAAGAGGAGGAACGGGGAGUCAAGCUGGGUCUUGGGGACUUCAUCUUCUACUCAGUGUUGGUGGGCAAGGUGUCUGCCUAUGGGAACUGGAACACCACUAUUGCCUGCUUCAUUGCCAUCCUCAUUGGUCUGUGUCUCACUCUGAUCAUGCUGGCAAUCUUCAAGAAGGCCCUACCGGCACUGCCCAUCUCCAUCACCUUUGGCCUCAUCUUCUACUUCUCCACACAUCUGCUGGUAGUUCCCUUCACGGAGCGCCUGGCCAGCGAGCAGCUCUAUAUAUAGUACACACCACACCCCUAACAACUUGUAUGUAGGUAGCCUUAACAAGCGUGGUCCUCUCUCAGCCUGAUGGUAUCUGAUAGUGUGUGUGUGUGUGUGUGUGUGUGUGUGUGUGUGUUUGGAUGUAUGGACACUUGUAUAUAUGUUGUGUGCAUAAUUGCAGGGAUGGUUUUUCUUUUCUAAGAAAAUAUUGUAAUUGUAUCAUGCUGAUUCAAACAUUAAGGUAAAGUUUGGGACACACACUGUUACUCUGCGUGGUCUCAACGCUCAUCUCCGUCUCAUUGGCCUUUGCGCCUGUGGUGGAUGAUAUCUGUUGCCCCAGGACACUGUGACAUCCACGUCUCCACAGUUUACCUUUGACACUUUCCCCUAGGUGCCCAUUUACCAAGUAACCCAAAAGCCUCAAAUUUGAACUGGGGCCUGUGGAUUCAUAACCAAGUGUGCUUGCCUCUGCAACAUGGAGGUAAUGCUUGAGGUGUAUCAGUAGAGAGAGAGAUGAAACAAGAUGACAGACACACACACAGUGAAUGCAAAGUUAGCAUUCACAAACUGUGGCUGUGACCAUGAUGUGAAUAUAACAGACAAGGCUCAUAGACAGUACUGGUUUGUAGUUUUGCUGUUUUAUAAGAUAGUCUAAUGUUUAUGGUUUCGUGUUAUGCACAGCCAGUGGUCUGCUUAAAAGUGAGUGUGGAGUGCAGAUGGAUGGGUGUCGGUUAUGAUGUCACACGGGGCUGUUCACCAGGUACUGAUUUGUUAGUUUCUGGAGAAAUCUAGAUAUCAGAUCCACAAGCUUAUUUUAUGCAGAGUUGUGCGCGUUUUUAGACGGGAGAGAAAUGUUGUCAUAUAAUAUAGUGUAAUAUAGUUUAGAUUAUUGCUGCUGACUUUUACCUUCCUAAAGCUUCAAUAUUUAUUUUUAUGUGAACUUUAUUCCUCUGUUCCUUCGUUAUAUGAUUGAUAUUAUAAAGUAUGAAUGUUUUGGGGAUUAACUUACUGGCUGAAAUAGUUGAAGGAAAUGAGAUCUUUACAUACUUGACAUUCAGACAGUGAUUGUAGGUCACAUGCACUACUGAGGAUGAAGUGCUUCUAUUUAAAACUAAUCUGACAUGAGACUGGAAAGAAUAGAUGAAGUUUACAAAAUCACUGAUGAAAGCUGUGGGCAUUUGAGUUUGGGAGUGAAAGAUGCAUGUAUGUGUGUGUGGGGUGUGGGUGUGUAGGUGGGUGAACAGGUGGAGGUAUAACUGCAUUAAUUUUUGCACAUACAAAGUGUGUACUAUACAUGUAUGCAACUUAGGCUUUAAACAUGUAACCAAGUUUCCAAAGGGCGAAAUCUGAUGUACUUUACUUUGUUCCUUAUAUGCACUAUAGUCACUCUUUUAACUUGUGGAGAAUACUUAGCAGAACAUUGCCAAUCUGCAUUAUUGUCAAUAUCUAGUACUGUGAACAUACUAAAUAGUUAACAAAUAGCAAUUAUCUGUUUUGAUCUUUUAUGACACUGUCUUGUUACCAAACUUCAUCCUGUUCUAGUAAUUCACACUUAAAAUUAAUGAUCUCUAAAUCAGGCUUCUCAAAGAAAUGAAAAAUUCUAUAUACAGUAAUAUAAUUGGCUCCAGGCCAGGGAAGGGAAGCACCGGAAGUCCAGACUGCAGCACGAGUUUAGCGGGUGUUGCCUAAAGGAAAAGUGCAAGUUGUUCCUAGGAAAAAAUGUUCAAUGUACAAAUGCAGUUUGAGAUGGGCACAGCAGCCAGACUGGGCGGGUGUCACAGUGAAGUGUGUGGAGGUGGUGUUUCUCCGGCAUGGCUACCCACCUCCGGCCUGGCUGUUGUAGUGUGUCACCAGGUCACACUUGAAUUUCACCACAACUAAAUAAAGCAGCAAAAUGUAUAUAUGCAUAUAACAUUUUUGACUUGGAAUAACUUGUGCAUUAAUCUGCAACAAUAUCUGUAAAAGUUUGUGUUGCAGCCUGUGCAGUGCUGUGCAUCAUGACACAAAAUCACAAACAAAACAAAAUACUUUAGGAGUAAUUCAGAAAUUUGGCAAGAUUAAUUAAUGGGCAGUAAUAAUUUUUUUAGUUCAUUGCUCUAUAAGAUGAAAAUAGUUGUGUCACAAGCUGUAGCACUGCCUGAGUCAGCCAUCCCUCGGAGCGGCUGCCUCAACCAUGACAGACUUUGCUCUUACUUGCACUACUUGAUUAGCACACAUUUGUACCAACACUUCUUGAAGGUUGAUUCAGACAGCAACAUGUACAAGUACAGCUUCAAUCUGAAUACCAAUCAUCAUCAUCAUCAUCAUCAUAAUUGUCAGCGUCAUCUUGAAAAGUAUUUUUCUUGUUCACUUUGGUCACUGCUGUCAUCUGAUGGUGGCUUGUUUGUCAAGUCUGGUAAAUUGAAAGUCCUUGCUCAGGGUGUCACUGCACAGCUCCUGUGGUCUGUUUGUUGGCACUUGUCAUUCCACUACAGACACUUCAAAACUUCACCCUGCCAUUCUCAGUCUUUCUCUCCAUAAGAUCAAACCAGUGUGAUCAUCAUAAAGUAAAUGUAAAGGUUUCCAUGAAAGAAGUCUGUUAUAUUCAUAUUUCAAUUAAAGCUUGCUCAUGAAGCAAUUCUUCUGGGAACUCUAUUUCAGUGGCAAUUUAUCAUAGUGUCUGUUUGGGGUAUAUAUACUAUAUGUUCCUUUCUUUUUCUUUUUCUUCUUUGUGUAGUGAUCAUGUAGAUAGUUUUGUCCACUGCAGUCAUUAUUUCUUCUACAAAGAUUGGCCUUGCCAUGUCACACACCACAAAUGUCUGUGCACUGACAGGCUGCUUGCUGUCACUGCACAGAAAGAGCUGGCAUGGGUGAGUGUCAUGUUUCCUGAUAGUUAUCAUAGUGUUGGCUGAGGUCUGUGUUUACCACUCUGCUUCUGGCACACAGCCACACUAAAAGCUUUGGCUAUGGGACAGUAUAAGCAGUGGUGUGUUGGUCUUGAGCUGAGCCAUAGGGACACCACAGCAACUCUGUCACAGAGCUGCCACCUCCUUGUUGCUCUUUAUAAUGCCACAUAAAAGUGUUGCUUUCAUUUACCACAGAAACUUCUCACUAAUGUGUUCUUUUUUGCAUAUAAUUUCCAGCCAAACAUUUGUUACUCUCACAAUUGUGUAUUACCAAUAUCCAGCCAAACAUUUGUUACUCUCACAAUUGUGUAUUACCUAUAGUGACUGAGCUGUGUGAGCCAAAUACCUGGUUCUCCUAUUGAGGCACCAAGGUGUGUACCCAUUCCUCUGUUGUACCAUGUCCCUGCUCUUCAUUUUGACAUAAAGGCAAGAGUUUCUCCCCACUGUUGUGACCCUGCUGCCUGCACUGAGAGGAAGGAGAGGCACUGUUGAUUUUGCAUCUAAAGCUCAACAUUCCAACUUGUGUAAAUCUUUUGUAUCAAAGAGAAUGAGAGCAGAAUGUGUGAUUUCAUAAUGCAUAUUGUUUAGAACCUGAUUUUAAAGUGUGAACUUUAAUAAUAAUUUUAAUAAACAUGAGAAGUAUG